GUCUAUCGAUUCUCACUCACCCGAUCACGCGUUUCCACACGAGCAAAAGAACGAGAUACGUAGGAAGGGAAGGACAAAUCCACGGCCGUCAAAACGCUCUGUCGGUAUCAAGUAGCAAGACGCCUCUAUUUUAUGUGCCAUGAAUUACGAGGGGGUUCAUUUGGAUUCAUUUGGAAGCAACCAAACCAAACUUAUUCCAAAGUAGAGCGGAAACAUAAUGGAAGGGAGAGGCACAAAAUAGACCCAGGAGAAAGGAAUUGAAGGACCGCAAGAAUGGUAGAGGGCGUCAAAUUGAUGGCGAUACAGGUGACAGAGGGACAGGGGCAAGGGCAGGGGCAGUACCAGCGUCUGAGUGAAAUGUCGGUAGAUAGUCUGCAAAACUCUUCUUGCUAUGGUGGGGGGUACGUGUCUGUGUCGAGCAACAGCAGCGUGGGCUCCAACUCUAUAAUGGCUUCACUUAUACAACGCACCCGGACUCGAACUCGCAAGGGGCUGACAGCGGGAAGUGUGGUUCAUCCUGGUGGGGGUGGUGGUUUGGGAGACGAUGCCCUAGCGCAGGCCCUCAUGGACGACCGCUAUCCUACGGAGGGCCUCAAAGAAUACAUUGAUUGGACCAUCGAUUUGCGGAGCCUCAACAUGGGACCCGCCUUCGCUCAGGGUGCCUUCGGCAAGCUCUUCAAGGCUACCUAUAAGGGCGAGGAUGUUGCCGUCAAGAUUCUUGAGCGUCCACAAAAUGACGAUGACAAGGCUCAGAUCAUGGAGCAGCAGUUUCGGCAGGAGGUGAUGAUGCUGGCAACCCUGCGCCACCAGAAUGUAGUGAGGUUUAUUGGGGCCUGCAGGAAGCCUUUGGUGUGGUGUAUUGUAACGGAGUAUGCAAAAGGGGGAUCAGUGAGGCAGGCUUUGGCAAAGAAGAAUAAUGGGCCUGUAGCGCUUCGGGAUACAGUGAAGCAAGCACUAGAUGUGGCAAGGGGGAUGGAGUACCUGCACAGUCUGCUUUAUAUUCACAGGGACCUUAAAUCAGAUAACCUGUUGAUAGCUGCAGACAAAAGUAUUAAGAUUGCAGAUUUUGGUGUGGCCAGGAUUGAGGUACAGUCUGAAGGGAUGACACCAGAGACUGGUACAUAUAGGUGGAUGGCACCGGAAAUGAUCCAAAGCAGAUCCUAUAACCAUAAAGUGGAUGUCUACAGUUUUGGGAUUGUUCUGUGGGAACUUGUAACAGGCAUGCUACCUUUUCAAAACAUGACAGCUGUGCAAGCAGCAUUUGCAGUAGUGAACAGGGGUCUAAGGCCAACUAUCCCUCAAGAUUGCCCCCCAGCAUUGGAAGAGAUAAUGAGGCGCUGCUGGGAUGCUAAUCCUGAGGUAAGGCCUUCAUUCAGUGAAGUGGUAACAUUGCUGGAAGAUGCAAGAAUUGAGAUCAUGACAACACCUCGGAGUGCCAAAAUCCGACGAUGUUGCAUGGCACUACCACUCACAGCUGAUUAAGUAUUUCUUCAUUACAUUCUUAUUGUAUAUUAUAAUCAUAAUAUUUGUUAAGGAUGACUGUGCAAGACUCCAUUGAAUGGAAUUUGGCACUAUAUGGAACAAAGAAUCAAGUUAUGUAUUAUUCCUUUUCCUUAGAUGUUCAGGAUAGAUGUUUUGGGUUUAUUGUUAUAUGCUAGUUUUGGAAGAAAGUUGUUGAUAUGAAUUUCUGAGACCCACACAAUACAGAGCACUGAAUCUUAAUGGGAGAACAUUGAAGAACACUUGUAGAAAUGCUUCUGUAAUCAAAUUUGCUACAUAAAUUAGGGCUGCUGUUGGUUCAACAUAGGAUUUGCCAAGUUUGCAACU